AUGUUUUCACAGGAAAGUCAAGAUUUGUUCGGGAGCCAAGAAGAACAAGUGAACCCAAGUGGAGGGGGUAGCGGUGAACAACCACCACCUGAAGUGAGCCAUGAAGAAAAAAAAGAAACAAAGAAGACGGAACUCAGUGGCAGGAAAGAGGAGAUGGACCGGAUCACCAACAUGAUAGCGAUGCUGAUCCAAGUACAGGAAGAGGGCCAGAAGAAAAUGCAAGAAGGCCAGAAGAAAGUGGAAGGCGCGUUGCAAGAGGGCCAGAAGAAAAUGCAAGAGGACCAGAAAAAGAUGGAAGCGGGACAACACAGCAUGGAAAGGAAACUGGAAGAAACCCAGAGAGAGACCCACAGUUUAAUUGGAGGGUUAGAACAGCGAAUGGAAAGAAACAGGCAGGAGCUCCAAUACCAAACAAAAAUGAUGGUGGAAGAAUUGAAGUAUGAAGUCAAAGAAGAGGAAAAGAAGUUAGAAGAACGAGUCCAAAGCGAUAUCAAGAGAAGCAUACAAGAAACCAAUGGCAAGUUAAAGGCAGUAGAAACGGAAUUUGGUCGUCAACAGCAAGAAAUACAAAUCGUCCUUGAAGAAAAACUGGUCAGAAACCACGCAGAGGUAGAAGAGUUGCUGGAGACACAACAAGAAAAAAUACGCGAGUGUGAAACCGGAGUUGGGGAGCUGAAGACCCAGUGGGAAGAAAAUCAAAAGAAACCUCGCCCCAUCAACCCCACAUCUAUAAUUUAUAAAGCGGAUCACCUGCUUCACCAGAAACCGAAAAAAUUCGACGGGAAUAUUCAAACCGUACACCCGAUAAGUUUCGUAGAGAGCUUGGAGAACUACCUCCGUAAUUUCGAGCCCAAUGAAGAUAACAAGCUGGCUUAUGCCAAAGGAAUGGUGGAAGGCAACGCCAAGGCAUGGGCCGACUUAAACCGAAACAAAUGGAAAUCGUGGGAGGAUUUCAAAGAGGAUUUCAUCAAACAAUAUCCCAGCAAACACAAAUGUUUCAAUAAGAUCUCCGAGAUGUUGCAACUAAAGCUCUGA